AUGGCGCGGCAGCCGCACAUCGUCUUGUUCCCACUCCUGGCGCAGGGGCACAUCAUCGCCUUCCUUGCGCUAGCCAAGCUGAUUGCCCGGCGAUACUCUGGCCGCUUCACCGUCACCAUCGUCAGCACGCCUCUCAACGUCCGGAGCCUCCGGCAGUCCCUCCCUCCCGAGUCCGGCGUCCUCCUCAGAGAGAUCCCCUUCCGCAGCGCCGACCACGGCUUGCCGCCCGACACCGAGAACACCGAUUCCGUCACCGGCGAGGGCCUGGAGAAGCUGCUCGGGGCCUCAGCCUCCCUUCGGCCCCAGUUCGAGCGGCUGAUCGCCGAGGAGAUCACCCGAGAGGACGGUCGCCCCCCGCUGUGCAUCAUAGCCGACGUCUUCUUCGGGUGGACAGUCCAGAUAGCCGAGAAGCUCGGCGUGUUCCACGCCGUCUUCACCACCUGCGGCGCCUUCGGCACCGCCAUGUACUUCUCCAUGUGGCUGCACCGGCCGCACAGGCACACGACCGCCGAGGAGUUCUGGGUGCCGGGUUUCCCAGAAGGGUUUCGGUUCCGCCGGUCGCAGCUGCCGAGAUCGUUAACAAGCCUGGAAGACGGAAGUUUUGGGAUCGCCUUCAUGACCGAACACAUAACGCUGUCCAUGUCUUCCAAGGCGAUGCUCUGCAACACCGUGGAAGGGUUGGAACCGGUGGCGAUGGCGCUGCUCCGGAAGAUCGCCGGCCUCCGCGUCUGGUCCGUCGGGGCCGUGGUCCCCCUGGAGACCACCAACUCUUCCGGCAGGCGAGCCGGGAGGAUGGCCGGCGUCGACCCAGAGACCUGCCUCCGGUGGUUGGAUGCUCAUCCCCCCCGCUCCGUUCUCUACGUCUCCUUCGGUUCUCAGAACAGUGUCUCUGCCCCGCAGAUGAUGGCUCUGGCGGCGGGCCUUGAGGCGACCCGCCGGCCGUUCAUCUGGGUCGUCCGCCCGCCCUUAGGCUUCGACAUAAAGGGUGAGUUCAAGGACGAGUGGCUACCGGAGGGAUUCGAGGAUCGCACGGGGAGGAGCGGACGGGGCCUCCUGGUCCGGAAUUGGGCGCCGCAGCUGGAGAUCCUGUCCCACCCGUCGGUGGGAGGAUUCCUGUCCCAUUGCGGGUGGAACUCGGUGCUGGAGAGCCUGAGCAGGGGCGUGCCGCUCAUCGGAUGGCCCAUGGCGGCGGAGCAGUUCUACAACUCGAAUAUGCUGGAGGAGCUGGGCGUGUGCGCGGAGCUGGGCAGGGGGGUGGAGCAGCGAGUCUCCAGCGUGGAGGUGGAGAGGGUGGUCGGCCUGGUGUUGGGCGGCGAGAAGGGGGAGGACAUGAGGAGAAAGGCGGCAUCGGCGGCGAAGACGAUGAGGGCGGCGAGCGAGGAGGGAGAGGAGAAGGGCUCCUCUAUCGCUGCCCUGGACAACUUCCUAGCCACCGUUCUCGGCACCACGCCGCCGGACGAUAACAGAUAUUCACCGUCUGAUACGCAAUAG